GGCCGGAAGGGGCGGUGGCUCCGCGCCCGCGGCGGGGACCGGUGGCCGGCGGAGGAAUGGAGGUACGCUGGCGAAGGUCUGUCCUUCGGCCGGACAGAGAUGGAAACCUUAAAAUCUGGGAAUAAAAGGAGGAUCCUUCCCUCAUGGAUGACAGCCCAGGUGGCUGAGAAGAGAGUGGUGCUGGUGAAGACCCCCAAGAGAAGCAGAAUGGCUGCCGUGCCGGUGGCAGCAGCGAGACCCCCUGCCGUGAAGACUGUGUACUGCAUGAAUGAAGCCGAGAUGGUAGAUGUUGCUCUGGAGAUCCUGAUUGAGGGCCACAAACAGGAAAAGCCCUGGGAGCAGCCGUCUCUGGCCGGCACUGAUAAGCUGGAGCUCUCCCCGCCCUGCUCCAUGUCACCCCACACGAGUUCUGGGAGCAGCAGUGAGGACGAGGACAGUGAGAAAGAUGCUUCUGCUCCAGGCCUCAGCCCUUCUCCGGGGCCUGGGGGUUCUGACUCUGCCUGCAGAAGCCACAAGGAGGACGAGGAUGCGUUAAAAUACGUCAGGGAGAUAUUUUUCAGCUAACGGACAAUCUGUUCACUGGAUGGUCUGCUGAGGGCAGCUGGAGGACAGCUGGGCUUCUGCUGGGGGCUGCCCGCAGGGCAUGGAUGGUGCUGUCUGUGCCCCCAGCUUUGUAUCACCCUGGGCCUGGCAGAUUCACCUCAGACCAGAAGCCCCGGGACGCUUGGGUCCUUGGGGGCUGCCGUUUUGAGUGUAUGGAAGUGAGGACUCAAAACAAGUUUCUGUUAGAAUUCCUCUCCGUACUGUGCCCUCUCCCAGCUCAGAGGGUCUGGAACCCCAAUUGUCUCUUUUAUUCAGUUACCAGGUUCCAGGGAAAAUGAGGGCAGGUGUUCCAACUUAUUGGAACCAAAGAGACAGCUUAAUAAUCAUCAAGGAAAAGGACAUCUGCUAAGUACACUGGAAUUCCUACAGUUUAGUCAGCAUGAUCUCUCCCUAAGGAAGAAGCCUGUUUUAAAAAUAGUUUCCACCCCAAGGCAAUCCACCAAUGAGCUCUCACGCCUCCAGCCAGCCUUGAAGGCAGGUGGGCUGCCUGCACUGCUCUGUCCGCCUGGGAGCUUGAGGCUCACACAGACUGGCAGGCCAGACGGGCCUCCUCCCCGAGCUGCCACCUUCCUUCCACCUGCCGGCCUCCGCCUUGGUCUGUGAGCCCAGAGGAGACGCUGAGAAGAGAUCACGCCAGACUCCACGUUUCUGCCUCUGUAUUUAGUGUGGCUUUUGACAGGCAUAGAAUUAGUAAAUCAUUUGCUCUACAGGUUUUCCAGUAUACAGGUGCUGAAAAAUACAUGAAGUUCCCCAGUGCAUGAGUUGUGCUUGCAUCCUGUCCCAUUUGGGUUGUGAAGUGAAGGGGUACAGCAUGUGGGGGGAACACUUAGCCUGUUCGCCUUCUCCUCCUGCCUGUAGGCUUGGCAUACUCCUGGGUCACAGAAUUGGAAGGAUUUGCCUGCUGACUCCUCUGCUGUGUCUGGCUUCAGGUCCAGGGGCCUUUGGGGGAGAACCUGCAGCUCUGCCAGGGCUACUCUUUGUGCCCCAUGUGUGCUGUCUUUGUUGAAUUCUCGAGAGAUCCUUCCUGGGCCUUUGGGGGUGGAGUCGUGGUGAGGGGCACCGGGAUCUGUUCGCCACAGACAACAGAGUGGAAGCUUGCUAACCAGGGCUAAGGGACAUUAAAGUGAUCUCUUUUGUUACCAUAAACCUUUACUGACAUUUUGCAAAUCAGCCUGGAAACCUGGCCCUGGGACAGGAAUCCUUACCUCCCCACCCUCCUGAGGCUAGAGUAAGAACUGCUCAGAUCAGUUAAAGGAGGAAUUGUGUGACAAUGAGUUUUGUGGUUUUAGGGUGUUCUUGGGAUCACUGGACGUCCCAAAGGACAGACAGAACUACACUAAGAAGCCACAGGUGCCCCAGCCACCCUUGCUGCCUCUCGGCCCCCUUGGCGCUGGGGGCCGUGCUCCGAAGCGGGCUCCCCCUGUUGGAGCUGGAGAUGAACAUUAGCUAUGGAACACGAUGGCAGAGAGGACCUGCUAGGCCACGAAUUCUCUGGCACCUUCUCAGUGGAGUUAGAAUGGACCCCUUGCAAUCAUGCAGCCUUUAGACAGGACUAGCAGCUCUCGAGCUUGCUCUUGUCCUUCUCGGCCCUCUGAGGGAACAGAACCGUGGCUGUAAGCAAGACAAUGAGCAAAGUCUGGGCAGUGCCCAGAGCUAGACACCCAGGCCCCAGGAGGGACAGCCUGACCCACUUCCACACAUAGGAGAGGAAGAGGCCCAGGCCGCUGGCCAGCAGCACAGAUGCCGCCUCCAGGAAUCUCACGGCCAGCUGCCACUCUCCCUCAUCACUGUUGCACUGGGCCAGGAGGAGAGGCAGGGGGACAAAGAGGGUGAGGACCAGGGCCCCGUACACUCCAAGCCUGGCCAGGGCCAGGCCAACCCGAGGCACCCCCAGGGCCUCUAGCUCAGGGAACUGAUGACAUUGCAGGGAGCCUGCGUCCUCGUUCCACAGGCAGAAGUUGUAGAAGCCGAUUCUCAGGUUGGGUAGGUCAGUGAGGUUGCCAGCCUUCCAGAGGAGAGCAUAGAAUAGCAGGGAGAUGACCACAACCAAGAGGAUCAUGAUGCCCAGGAACGGCAGGUGAUCGCUCCGCCACAGCCUUGGGACGGCCAUCUCUCGCUGUUUGCAGGGGUACCUGAGGGGAAGUCACACCAGUGAGUGUCCAGUGUCUUCGCAAGCUCGUGCUUUCCCUUCUGCCAUUCCAUAAAAACCUGUGGAAACUUUCCCCCCAAUCUGCCCCCACCAAGGACAAGCAAUUCAAGGUAACCUAGAGCCAGGACCCCCUUGGUAAGUUACCAGCUGCCUCUCUGGUUUGAGGUCAGGAGGAAAAGCCUCUCCCAGGCAGCUUGAAGGCCUGAAAUGUCUUUACUGAAGUGCCCUUUGGUCAAAGGCUUUGCUGCAGCCUAACUCCAACAAGCCAUUGGAAACAUUUCUGAGAGAGUUUCUCAGACCCUUAUUGAGGGCAGGUUCUGAAUGGGGUGAAGGACAGGGCCCACUGUACUAGGGACCUGAAGGUGGAGGAAGGUGCCGAAGACCUGGUAGAGCCACGGUUCUCACCGUGGCUGCAUGACAACCACCUGGGGAGCUAUAAACACUAUCCCUUGCUGGGCCACAAUUCAAUCAGGUCAGAACUUCUGAGCUUGGGGCCGGCCCUGGUGUGUUUUCGAAGCUCUGCAGCGCAUUCCAACGUGAGCUGGGGCAAGGACCACAGCGCUACUAGCCCCACUGUAAUUUCACCUGCCUGCCCUGGGAACUCAUUCCUGGGUCAAGACAGGAUGCCCACUGGUGAUGGAAUCACAUCAUAGCACUCAUUACUUCGAAAACAUCUACAAAUUUUUCCUGAUAACGAUAGUAAUGUAUGUAAAUAGUAAUAUAGGAAACAGAAACUAUUUUUAAAGGAAAAAAAUAUAAAAAUAACUUUUAUUCCGUCACGCACA